CUUCCGUCUCCGGAGUCCCCGCGCCCUUUCCCCGGGGCUUCUGUGGGGACUAUAGGCCCAGGCAGGCGGAGUGAAGUUCUGGGUUCUGAAUUCUGAGUUGAGAGAGAUGCGCAGGUCCCAGACCGCUAAGCAACCGCAGGAAUAGGAGAGAGGGAAGGAUGUCAAGUGCACGCGCGCAUCUUUUCAUAUUUAAUUUACAAAGGAUCCUCGGAACCCGUAGUCGGGUGGUCUCUUUAGAUGCAGCGCUCCUCACCCGUCUCCCCCCCCCAAACCUUCCCAGCUCAUUAAAAUGCUCAACGCUCAAAUUGGAAGAUUGAUCUCAGAGGCCCCAAACCCGAGCCACCGACCCACCUUCAGAGACCGCUUAGUCCAGGGUGAGGGCAGGGGGGCCACGUGCUCCCGGAGAACUCAGUGUGCACGGAAAAACCGGGGAAGGCAGGGACUGUGCGUAUUUCCCGGAGCCUGCACCCCUUUCCCGACUCUGGUCAGCAACUCUGUCUCCAGGGCUGCCAUGGGCACCGUGGGGAGACAGAAAUCGAGUUUUAUACAAAUGCCUCAACAUUCCCGCGCCUCCACCUCCUUGUUGCUGAAAGAAAUAUUGGGAUUUCUCCUAGACAGGGAACAAGAGUUGGGAACAGCAGACAGUCGAGUCUGCUGGGGCCGGCUGUUGUGUGAGGGUGUGAGACAGCGGGGCGACACCGGGCCUCGGAGACUUUGAGGGGUAGGGUGUGGGAUUGACGGUGUGUUUGCUUGUUAGGCUGUAAAGAUGUUGGCGGAGGCGGAGGCGGGGGUGGCGGGUAGAGAUGCUCAAGCCUUAAGUCCCCAGCCCACAGUGCUCAAAAGGAGCAGACGUUUUGUAACCAUUCCUUUCCGUGCCGCUGUCUCCUGCAGCCCCGGAGCCCCACUCGCCUCUUAGCUGGCAAGACCUGAGAGCAAGAUCAGGACGGCUUCCUGGGAGCGGAGGCUGGUAACCACUCUCCCGGCCCCAUCCGGCAUCGCAGCAACAGAUGUGGAAAGCGCCCUUGGGCUGUCGUCCUGGCUCCGCAACAUCAGGUCUGGAGAAAAGGUUGCAGCCCCAGGGCAGCGCACGGAGUCGGCGAGCAGUGGGUAAGGCGCAGAGACCACCUCACAACCCUGACCCAGGAUCCACGAUGGUGCCCUUGCGAGCACUGUGGCUGGCCUGGGCGCUGCUAGGAGUGGCCGGAGCGUGCCCAGAGCCGUGCGCCUGCGUGGACAAGUACGCGCAUCAGUUCGCCGACUGCGCCUACAAGGAGCUGCGAGAGGUGCCCGAAGGACUGCCGGCCAACGUGACCACGCUUAGCCUGUCGGCGAACAAAAUCACUGUGCUGCGGCGCGGGGCCUUCGCCGACGUCACGCAGGUCACGUCGCUGUGGCUGGCGCACAAUGAAGUGCGCACUGUGGAGCCAGGCUCGCUGGCUGUGCUGAGCCAGCUCAAGAACCUCGACCUAAGCCACAACCUCAUAUCCAGCUUCCCAUGGAGCGAUCUGCGUAACCUGAGCGCACUACAGCUACUCAAGAUGAACCACAACCGCUUGGGGUCGUUGCCCCGAGACGCACUCGGUGCGCUGCCCGACCUGCGCUCCCUGCGCAUCAACAACAACCGGCUUCGUACAUUGGCUCCCGGCACCUUCGACGCGCUGAGCGCGCUGUCACAUCUUCAACUCUAUCACAACCCCUUCCACUGCAGUUGCAGCCUUGUGUGGCUGCAGGCCUGGGCCGCGAGCACCCGGGUCUCGUUACCCGAGCCCGACUCCAUCGCGUGCGCCUCGCCUCCCGCGCUGCAGGGGGUGCCGGUGCACCGCCUGCCCGCCCUAUCCUGUGCACCGCCCAGUGUGCAUCUGAGUGUCGAGCCGCCGCCUGAGGCGCCAGGCAGCCCCCUUCGCGCCGGCCUGGCGCUCAUGCUACACUGCGUCGCCGAAGGACACCCCACACCCCGCCUGCAGUGGCAACUUCAGAUCCCGGGUGGCACCAUAGUCUUAGUGCCGCCGGUCCUGAGCGGGGAGGAUGACGGGGACGGGGCAGAAGACAGGGAGGAGGAAGGAGAAGGGGACGGGCCCACGCAGACAGAGGCCCCAACCCCGACUCCAGCACCGGCUUGGCCCGCGCCCCCAGCCACCCCGCGCUUCCUGGCCCUCACAAACGGCUCCUUGUUGGUGCCCCUCCUGAGCUCCAAGGAGGCAGGUGUCUACACAUGCCGUGCCCACAACGAGCUGGGUGCCAACUCCACUUCACUACGUGUGGCAGUGGCAGCUGCCGGGCCCCCAAAACACGCUUCUGGCGCAGGGGGAGACCCUAACGGGCAGGCCCCAACUUCUGAACGUAAGUCCACAGCCAAAGGCCGAGGCAACAGUGUCCUACCUUCCAAGCCUGAGGGCAAAAUCAAAGGCCAAGGCCUGGCCCGGGUUAGUGCCCUCGGAGAGGCUGAGGCGGGGCCAGAAGAUGAGGAGGAGGCAGGUGAGGGAGAGGAGGCCGAAGACCAGGUCUCUGCGGACGGGGUGGAGGAGCAACGCUGUGGCCACGGGGACCCCUCGCGGUACGUGUCCAAUCACGCGUUCAACCAGAGCGCGGAGCUCAAGCCGCACGUCUUCGAGCUGGGCGUCAUCGCGCUGGACGUGGCGGAGCGCGAGGCGCGGGUGCAGCUGACGCCGCUGGCGGCGCGCUGGGGCCCCGGGCCCGGCGGGGCUGCAGAAGCCGGGCGGCCAGGGCGGCGGCCAGUGCGCCUGCUCUAUCUGUGCCCGGCCGGGGGCGGCGCAGCCGUGCAGUGGUCGCGUGUAGAGGAGGGCGUCAACGCCUACUGGUUCCGCGGCCUGCGGCCCGGCACUAACUACUCCGUGUGCCUGGCGCUGGCAGGCGAGGCUUGCCACGUGCAAGUGGUGUUCGCCACCAAGAAGGAGUUGCCCUCAUUGCUAGUUAUCGUGGCGGUGAGCGUGUUCCUCCUGGUGCUGGCCACCGUGCCCCUGCUGGGCGCCGCCUGCUGCCAUCUGCUGGCCAAACACCCGGGCAAGCCCUACCGUCUUAUCCUGAGGCCGCAGGCCCCGGAUCCCAUGGAGAAGCGCAUCGCCGCCGACUUCGACCCGCGUGCCUCCUACCUCGAGUCCGAGAAAAGCUACCAGGCAGGCGGCGAGGCGGGCGGCGAGGAGCCAGAGGAGGUCCCCGGGGAGGGCCUUGACGAAGACGUGGAGCAGGGGGACCCAGGUGGGGACCUGCAGAGAGAGGAGAGCCUGGCGGCCUGCUCGCUGGUGGAGUCCCAGUCUAAGGCCAACCAAGAGGAGUUCGAGGCGGGCUCCGAGUACAGUGAUCGGCUGCCCCUGGGUGCCGAAGCUGUCGACAUCGCCCAGGAGAUUAACGGCAACUAUAGGCAGACAGCGGGCUGAACUCCCAAUCUGCCCGGCCGCCCAUUCCCAUCCCCACCUCGGGCGCCUGGGAGCAGAAGCCUACUGCUGGCAGGAUUUAUGCACCCCUCUCUUCACUUACUCCGCCCUCUACCACCCUCUAAUCUUGACUACUGGGGACUUCUAGUGGGGAGUGGGAUGAUUUCAUCAGUCCCACCCACAAUGGUCAUUGACUUUGUGGGUUGAAUUCGCCUCCACGGCAAGCACAGCUUCCCCGCUCCUCCCUCCCUAUGUAAGACACCACCCGCUGACCGUGAGGCUAAACCCAAGCCUCUCCAUUCCUACCGCAAUUAUCUGCGCAAUCGCCCCGCUGCCCGCCCCAUCGUGGUCUCGAGAGCAGAGAAAAUGAGAGAAGACGUUGGAAACAUCUGAUGGUAGCGCUGUGGCUCGAGGAUCAGCCCGGGACCCCCAGCAGAUGUCUCUAGCGUGGAGCGCUGUGGGGUCCUGCCUCGACACCUUAUUCAGCCCUUUCCGGGGUGCGCGUCCCAGAAGCCAGGAUUCAGUGGCAACUCCCCAGUUUUUAGAUUCAAAGCCCCCUUCUGAUUGGGAACCAAACACUUCUGUCCCCCCAUCCGCACUCUGCUUCUAAACAGCUGGAGCCGAGCCGGAUGCUUGCAGCGCCUUUCAGCUCCGCGCUCUGAUUUUCAUAUUUUCGUUGUUUUCAAAGACAGCACACUCUGGGUCUGGUGCUAACACUCCCUUCCUAGCCUCUGGGAAAACGUGUGUGUGUGUGAAUGGGGGCGGGAAUCCGUCUUCUCUCGCCCCCUCUCCUAACUUUAAGCGCUGCGGAACCGCGGGCCUCUCCCGCGGAGGGCGCAGCCUCAGUCCCAGGCCAGUUUCGUGGUGGGUGGGUCGGAGUUUCUGGAGAUCGGUGCACUCGACAGCUCCGCUCCCGGGGGUGCACGGGCCCAGACCUCAGCUCGAGAAGCGCCGGGGGCGCAGGAAGCCAGCUGUGGCCUCCCAGACCUGGUGUCUCGUGAGGGCUUGGGCCCUGGUUCGCACAAAGCCUGCCCGUGACCGAGCGGCAGGAUCCGUAUGGAGAAAGGCCCUGGGUCCUCGCGCCUCCCCGCCCGGCCCCUCCUUCCGCGAGAGUAGUAUUUGCCCAGCUGUAGUCCUAGACGAGCGUGCUCUGUAGGAGAAAAAUCUGUGUCCCGUAAAAGUGUGUCAAGUGUAGUAUGGGGAGGAGGGCGGGGAGGGCGGGGAAGGAGGGAGGGAGAGGGACGCGGCGCGGCCACUCGGGCGGGGGUCUUUUUUUGUUCUUGCAGAAAACCGUCGGGGGUGGGGGUGGGGUGGGGUGGGGGCGCUGGGACCAGCCCUGUCCGCGAAGCGCAGCACAAGUGCGGCCCGGGGCGGAAUAGCCCCCUGGAGCCCGCGCCCUUUUCUAAAGGCGUCUGUAUGUAAACAGUCAAUAAAACAAUCA